AUGCCGAAUGACACUUCUGGAGAGGACUUUGUCUUGGUGGGUUUCUCUUCUCAACCCCAGUUAGAGAAGAUCCUCUUCGUGGUUGUCUUGAUUUUCUACCUCCUAACCCUCGUGGGCAACACCGCCAUCAUUUUGGUGACCCGUCUGGAUCUCCAUCUCCAUACGCCCAUGUACUUCUUCCUGUCUCACCUCUCCCUCGUGGACCUCUGCUUCACCACCAGCAUCGUCCCCCAGCUUCUGUGGAACCUCCGGGGCCCCUCCAAGACCAUCACCGCGUUCGGUUGUGCAGUCCAGCUGUACAUCUCCCUGGCCCUGGGGUCGACAGAGUGUGUCCUUCUGGCCGUCAUGGCCUUGGACCGUCACGCCGCCAUCUGCCGACCCCUUCGCUACACCGCCAUCAUGCACCCGCGGCUCUGCCGGACCCUGGUGGGAUUAGCCUGGCUGAGCGGGGUGGGGGACACCGCUAUUCAGGCCACCGUCAUCUUCCGCCUGCCCCGCUGUGGACAUCGGCUACUUCCCCACUUCCUCUGCGAGAUGCCAGCCUUGCUCAAACUGUCCUGUGUGGACGUCCGGGGCAAUGAGAUCCAGCUCUUCGUGGGCACUCUGGUCCUGAUUCUUCUGCCCUUGAGCCUGAUCACGGUCUCCUAUGGGUCCAUCGCCCGGGCCGUGCUGAGGAUCAAGUCACGUCGGGUCUGGAGGAAGGCCCUGGGCACCUGCGGGUCCCACCUCCUGGUGGUCACUCUCUUCUAUGGUUCCAUCACAGUGGUCUACAUCUGGCCCAACAGCUCCUUCUCUGGGACUUUGGACAAGUUCCUGACCCUCUUCUACACCGUGGUAACCCCCACCCUCAACCCGCUCAUCUACACCCUGCGGAACAAGGACGUGAAGGGGGCGGUGAGGAGAAUUCUGGGAAAAGACCAGAGUUUAGAAAAGGGCUAA